AUGGGUUCUCUGGAGUCUCCGCAGCUUCCUUCUGACUUCCUCUGGGGUUUCGCAACAGCGAGCUACCAAAUCGAAGGCGCGGUCGAUGAAGAUGGUCGCGGUCCCUCCAUCUGGGAUACUUUCUGCAAGAAACCCGGCAAAAUCGCUGGUGGAGCAAAUGGCGAUGUGGCCUGCGACUCGUACCAUCAUACUCAAGAAGACAUUGAACUGCUGAAGCAGUGCAAGGCAAUGGCCUACCGCUUCUCAAUCUCUUGGUCUCGUGUGAUUCCUCUUGGAGGCCGAAACGACCCUAUCAACGAAAAGGGUCUGCAAUUCUACGUCAAAUUUGUUGACGACCUCUUAGCCGCCGGUAUAACACCUCUAGUCACCUUAUUCCAUUGGGAUCUCCCGGAUGAGUUAGACAAGCGGUACGGCGGCUUGUUGAACAAGGAAGAGUUCGUUGCCGACUUUGCCAAUUACGCCCGAGUGAUCUUCAACGCUCUGAGCUCAAAAGUAAAAUACUGGAUCACCUUCAAUGAGCCAUGGUGCAGCAGUGUACUCGGAUACAAUGUCGGCCAAUUCGCUCCUGGCAGGACCAGUGACCGAAACAAGAACCCGGAAGGUGAUGGCUCCACCGAGCCCUGGAUUGUCGGCCACAACAUUCUAGUUGCCCACGGUACAGUCGUGAAGAUUUACCGUGAAGAAUUUAAAGAACGCGAUGGUGGUGAGAUUGGUAUUACUCUUAACGGUGACUGGGCCGAGCCCUGGGACCCCGAAAACCCGGCAGACGUCGAGGCCUGUGACCGCAAGAUCGAAUUCGCCAUAUCCUGGUUUGCCGACCCCGUCUACUUUGGUCACUAUCCCGCAAGCAUGGUCAAGCAACUCGGGUCCCGCCUUCCGGAAUUCACCCCUGAAGAAGUCGCUCUUGUCAAGGGCAGCAACGACUUUUACGGCAUGAAUCACUACUGCGCCAACUACAUCCGUGCUAAGACGGGCGAGCCAGAACUCACAGACGUUGCUGGUAACCUUGAGCUUCUCCUCCAGAACAAAGCAGGCGAAUGGGUCGGUCCCGAGACGCAAUCACCCUGGCUGCGUCCUUCGGCAAUCGGAUUCCGCAAACUUCUCAAAUGGCUCAGUGACCGAUACGGCAGGCCGAAGAUCUAUGUCACCGAGAACGGAACCAGUCUGAAGGGUGAGAACGAUCUACCGCUUGAGCAGCUGCUCAAGGAUGAUUUCCGAGUCAAGUACUUUGAGGACUACAUCAAAGCUAUGGCGGAGGCCUACACCUACGACAAUGUCAAUGUUAGGGCUUACAUGGCUUGGAGUUUGAUGGACAACUUUGAGUGGGCUGAGGGCUACGAGACCCGUUUUGGCGUUACAUUUGUCGACUAUGUGAAUGACCAGAAGAGGUACCCAAAGGCGAGCGCGAAGGCUAUGCCGGAAAUCUUCGCGAAGUAUAUCGCCAAGGCGUAA